AUGUCUUUCCAAGUCCCCAACCGGGUGCCGGCCUUUAACUCUGCUCAGCGCGAAAUAGAAGAUGGCUACUGGCGGGCCGCCACAACCAACACCCAGUUCGCUAAGCAAUCCGGCAUCCAGCUCACAGAGAGGAUAGGAAACUUCAUAACGCCUUCACGAGAGUUACCAAUGUAUAAAGACAAACCAUAUUACAAGUCCCGAGGAGCAUACUCUGGCGGGCGGAAACGGAAGAAAGCAUUAUGGCUUGGUAUAUGCAUUGGGUUUUUAGUUGGCCUAUGGUGGUUUUUGGGCGGCAGAUCAGGACACACUCGUAUUGUCAGGCCCAUUGGAAUGAAGGGGGGAGACAUGUGGAAAUGGAUGCAGGAAUUUGAAAAGGGGGUGGUUGUAGGAAAAGAGAAGGGUAAGGUAAUAGAUUGGGAAGAGAGGAAGCAGCGAGUUAAGGAUGCAUUCCUUGUUAGCUGGGAGGGAUAUGAACAGGACGCAUGGGGGAAGGAUAUAUAUGAGCCACUGGCUAGGAAGGGGAGAAACAUGGCUGAAGGUGGCAUGGGCUGGAUAAUUGUUGACGCCCUUGAUACCCUGAUGCUCAUGAAUCUCACGACACAGGUUCAAAAUGCUCGAAAAUGGAUACAUAACUCCCUCCGGUACGAGCAAGACCAGGAUGUGAAUACCUUUGAGACUACGAUUCGAAUGCUUGGUGGCCUCCUGUCUGCCCAUUACCUCUCUAAAACAUACCCAGACCUUGCUCCGCUCAUGGAAGAUGAUGAUGGUGCUUCCGGGGAUGACUUGUAUAUUGAGAAAGCCACGGGGCUCGCGGAACGACUACUAGGCGCAUUUGACUCGCCCUCUGGUAUUCCAUUCGCAAGCUUCAAUCUCAAUUCAUCUCAGGGUAUACGGUCACACACGGAUGGCGGGGCGUCUUCAACUGCAGAGGCUGGUAGUGUACAGCUCGAAUUCAAGUAUCUGGCCAAAUUGACAGGGGAGACUCAUUACUGGGAGAAGGUGGAGAAGGUCAUGGAAGUCAUUGAUGAGAAUCAGAUGAAGGACGGACUAGUGCCCAUCUUCAUCAUGGCGGAUACUGGGAAGUUUACGGGCGAGAACAUCCGGCUUGGUAGCCGCGGUGAUUCCUACUAUGAGUACCUCAUAAAGCAGUAUUUACAAACUUCCGGUGAGGAGCCAAUAUAUGAAAACAUGUGGAACCAAGCCCUUGCAGGCAUCCGCAAACAUCUCAUCACCUACACAAAACAUGCUUCCUUAACACUUGUGGGGGAGCGCCCGAGUGGGCUUACGGACCCUCUUAUGCCAAAGAUGGAUCAUUUAGUGUGCUUUUUGCCUGGUACAAUAGCUCUUGGGGCGACGGGUGGGUUGCCUCUUUCCAAGGCUCGAAAAUCCCCAGGCUGGAGCCGUCGAAAAGAAGAUGAAAUUGUCCUCGCUAAGGAACUGGUCAAGACAUGCUGGGCUACAUAUCUUGCGACUGAAACCGGCCUUGCGCCUGAAAUCGCUUAUUUUGAAGUAGAUAAACCACCAAGGAUGAUGGAGGAUGUCUUUUCAAAGUCCAAGGGCGAAUCAGAGGACGGAAAGGGCACGAAAGAGACGGGAAAGGUCAAGGAAGAAGGUAUAUACGUUGUCUCUAAACCCCUUGAGCCUCUCGAUGACAAGAACAGCGCAUGGAGAGAAGAUGUUAUCAUCAAGCCAUCGGACCGGCAUAACCUCCAGAGACCGGAAACUAUCGAGUCGCUCUUCUAUUUAUACCGCAUAACAGAAGACGAGAUGUACCGUGAAUGGGGCUGGGAAAUGUUCAAGAAUUUCGUAAAGCACACGGCUGUAAUUGAGGAGGAGAUACCAGCCAGACCAACCCACGAUGGAUCGUCAGAAAAAUCCAACUCCGAUGAUAAAUACCCAGCGCCAAAGAGCUCAUAUAUCCGAGCAUUUACAUCCCUAUCAAAUGCUGACACGAUACCCCCAGGAAGGAUCGACAACAUGGAAAGCUUCUGGCUUGCAGAGACCCUUAAAUACUUUUACCUUUUAUUUUCAGAUAAGGACUUCAUCCCACUUACAGAAACGGUGUUCAAUACGGAGGCACAUAUCUUCCCUCGAUUCAAGAUGGGGAAGCUGUUCAAGACAGGAUGGAAGAGGAAAACUGAUUGGAAGGCCACAGAGUAA